AUGAAUGAAAAUACUCAGUUCAAUACUACUCAAAGAUUGAAUAAAAUAAGUAGUGAAUUAUUAUCUCAUGAAGAUGACGAUAAAUAUGAUAGUUUACAGAAAUUUUCAUGUGAAACUUCAUUAUCAUGUUCAUCCCCAUCAGUAUCAUUAACAAUAUCAAUGUCUUCACCAUUAAAGAUAACUACAUCUAAGCCAAUGUCUACAACUGUUACAACGACAACCAUGAACAAUUCACCUAAAUCAUCAUCAUCUUCAUCAUCAUCAUUAUCACCAUCAUCAUCAUCGAUGUUUAGUUCUAUGAAUUCGUUGAAACGUGCACGUUUUGAUUCAAAUCAAACAAAUAAUAAUAAUAUUGAUAACAAAUCUUUUUUACCUAAUCAAUUUACAUGUCCAUGUGGUCGAACAAUGUUAAAUUCAAGUGAAUUUAUGGAGCAUGCAUGUCAAUGUCAUGAAUUUAUGAUGACUGCAUCAAAUUUCGCUGAAGUUAUAGCUAAGAAUACAGCAAUGGUUAUGUCGUCCGAAUGGAAUAAAUGUUUUCAAUCAGCAAAUUUAAAUAAUUUGCCAAUGAACAGCGUUCGCAAUAAUAAUAAUAAUAGUAAUAAUAAUAAUAAUAAUGACAAUGAUGUUUUAGUUAAAAACAAUGCAAACAACAAAGGGAAUUCAAGUUUAUUCCAAUCAGCAUUAGACUUAUCAUUUCGUUCAAAUGAAAUUCCCUCUUCAUGCGUAUCCUCCACAUCGUCACCAUCAAUAAUGUCAUCCUUAAAUAUUUAUAAUAAUAGUAGUAAUAAUAAUAGACACGUAUCAUCGCAUGUCAGUUGUCCAAGAUGUCCUUUCACAAGUACAGAUAUAUCAGUUUUAUGUAAACAUUUUGAAUUGGAACAUGAUAACAUUAGUCAAUUUACAUGCUCUAAAUGUAAUGAAUCAUAUGAUCAACUAAUAUAUUAUUUAAAGCAUCAAUUAUUUGAUAAUUGCUUAAAUUCAUCCGAUUGUUUUGAUCGAUUCCCUUCACCUACUACUAUUACUAAUACUAAUCCUAUCAUUACUACUGACACAUCAUUAUCGUUGAAGACAAUGAUAACAUCAACGAAUACCGAUAGUAUGAUGUCAUCCAGUGAUACUCCUAAUUAUUAUUCAAUAAAAAAUAAUCAGGAUCACGAAAAAGAUCACCUUCAUUAUCAAUCCCAACAACAACAAUAUCAAAAUAGCCAUCGUCAACGUUAUAAUCAUUUAAAACAAAUGCAUCAUCUUCCAAGAAAUCAUUCGUCAUCAUCAUCACCAACAUCAUCUCCGUCAAGAGUACGUUCUCUCAAUGAUCAAUAUUAUGAUGUUUCUAUGUUAGAUAAAAAAUUAGUAUGUAAUGCAUGCCAUCAAACUGGUUUUCAACAUACUGGUGAAUUAAUUAAUCACUUAACUGAAUGUCCAAAAUUUAUAUCGUUUACUGGAAAUAUUGGCAAUAUUAUUGGAAGCACCAUAACUAGUGAAAGUAAUACUACUAAUACAACUGCUACUAAUAUUACUGAUAUCAUUAAUCAUAGUAAUAGUAAUAAUAUGAAUUCUUUAAAUUUACAUAUGAAAAAUACACAAACACCUUCGACAAUUAACCAAUCACAACAGUAUAAUCAUGGUACAUGCGUAUCCCCAUUAUUGAAUGGAUUAAUUAAUAAUUCAACAUUUGAUUUUGAGAAAAAUUUCAAUGAUUUAUUAAAAUCAUCAUGUGGAUCAUCAACAUUUCAUAAUUACUUGACUACUACUAACACUACUACUACUACUAAUAAUAAUCACUUUUCGUCGUCAAGUCGUUUUCCAUGUAAUUCAACUCUUUCUGAUAAUAAUGACAAUAAUAAAAAUUAUAAUCAUAAAAAUGUCAAUUUAUGUUCACCAUACUCAUCACAUGGUAUAAAUUCACAAAAUUCCUAUUCACAUUUCCUAUCAAAUCUACAAUCUCUUGGCAAAUCAUACUACAAUGAUACAACAAAAUCUUCAUCAACAACAUUAUCAUUGGAUAGUUCAAUAGAUUCUCCAAUGAUUGAAUUAAAUCUUAAUAAUAAUGAUACUUACAAUUGUACUACAUCUGUAAAUUCAUUACAUAUGAGUGAAUUCAAUACAACUCAACAUAUUAAUAAUCAUCCAGCACCUCUUUAUCAUGGUCGUAUAGAAGAAUUAAAAAUUGAUCAUCAUCAUGACCAACAUCAUCGACAAUCACAUCAAUCGCAGCAGAAUAAUUCAAUGAAUAACUUACCACCACCAUCAACAAUAACAACAUCCAUUGAAAAUAUAACAGAUCUAUCAAGACCAUUUAAAUGUUGUCAUUGUAUUAAAGCGUUCAAAUCAAAAGCAUUAUUAGAUCAACAUAUGCAUAUACAUUAUCCACCAAAAUAUACAUGUCGUUAUUGUUCUAAAAAAUAUCGUUGGCCACCAGUAUUUUAUCAUCAUCAGCGUACAUGUAAAAAACGACCUACAACAUCAACUGCAUGUACAAAUAAUGAUAUAAAUAAUACUACAAUAACUGUAACAAUGUCAACAAAUACUACUCAUAAUAAUCAACAUAAUAGUAAUAAUAGUUCAAUGAAACGUAAUCAUCACCAUCAUCAUAAUAAUAAUCUUAAUUAUUCAGAUAUUAGAAAAAAUUUCCCAAUUACAUCAGAUUCGCUUACAAGUUUACGUUCAAUAAAUUCACAAAUGAAUGAUACAUUCUAUAAUAGUUUAACAUCAUUAAGAAAUUCCAACGGUAAUCUAAAUGGGAAUGAAACACUUUCAUCAUAUGGACAUUCUUUGUGUUUACCUCCAUUUAAUUCAAAUUCAUCAACAAGUUUAAUGGAACUGUCUAACAAUUCAAAUAUAUUUCAUAAUAACAGUAAUGCUAAUAAUCAUGACGAUGAUGCAACUUUAAUGCCACCACCACAUUUAAAUAAUUUUACCGCGUUAGCAGCUGCUGCUGCAGCGGCAGCAGCAAUGAGUAUGCAUUUUCAAAUCCCACCAUUUUCAAAUAUACCACCGCCUCCUUUAGGAUUUACUAAUUCUCUCACGUCAUCUUCAACAGCUACAACAACGGCAACUUCGUUGACGAUGGUAUCACCUUAUCAUCAUCCAAUUAAUACACCAUCACCUUCAAUAUCACUCCCGUCUUUACCGACAUCAUCAUCUACACGACUUCAGUUCGGUUCCGAUUUAUUUAAUCAGUCAUUGUCAUCAUUUUCAUCAAUCAAUCGUUCAAAUUUAUUGCCACCAUUUACAAAUCAAUCAAUUUUUCAAUCAUCACAUUUUGCACCAUCGUUAUUAAUGCCAAACUCAAAUGAAUCAAUUGAUUGUAACUACUUGCCUGAACCUUCUUCUUUCCAGCCAGAGUUAAAUUUUCCAUUCAAUAGUGUUUUGUCAUCAAUUGCUUCAAAACUAACUACUCCGGCAUCAUCAUCACCAAUGUCAAGUUUAUCUUCGCCAACAAAUAAUAAUCAUGUUAUAGAUGCCUCCAAUUCACAAGUCAAUAUGUUAAAUAAUCUAUUAUGUGUAUGUGGAGUGCGCUUUAAUGAAAUAUCGAGUUAUAUAUCUCAUAUAUCUAGUUGUAAUUUUUUAAAAAAUUUAGUACUACAGUCAUUUUCAAGUACUUUAAGUCAAUCUGAAUUCCCAGUUCUACCAACAACCACAACAGUAACAACAUUGUUAUCAUCUCCUUCAUCAUCAUUAUCAUCACCAUCACCGCCAAUGAUGACAUCGUACAAACAAACAUCAUCACUUUUUCCAUUUGAUACUACAGUUAUUUCAAAUAAAUUUCAUCAUCAAGAUGAUGCACAAAAUGAUGAUACUCAUCAUGAACAAUCAGAAAAAUGUAAAAAUUCAAUCGCUAACAAUCUAAUGACUUCAAAUGAUAAUUAUAAUUCAUUGAAUGAAACAAACAUUCAACAAGAAUCAAUAAAACAUGAAGAAAAAAUCAAUGAAGAAACUAAUUAUAAUGAAAUUAGUACUUUUGUUCAAGUAGAUCAUUUGAAUUCUUCAAAGAACAAUAAUGAAACGGAUCAAUUACAUAAAAAUAAUUUUGAUUUAAAGGAAUCCCCAAAUGAACCAAACAGAAGCCCAUUAAAUUCAUUAUAUCAAAUUGAAAAUAAUCUACUAUCAGAUAGACAAAUAACUAUAAACUCUUCGAAUAAUUCAUUCAUAACAACAAUGGUUAAUGUUUUAACGAAUACUUCAAGUAUGACUGGUAAUCAAUGUCCUGAAUUACAAGAUUCACCAUGUCAAAUUUCAAAAAAUCACUUAAAUUCUCCUUCACAAACAUCAUCAUUUCAAAUAUCUUCAAGUCCUACAAUUGAUGUUAUUGAUAGUGAUCGAUUAGAUUAUCAUUCUCAAUCAAAUAAUUCUAAUAAUAGUCCAGAGAAUAUCAAUUCUAUAUCUACAACAAUAUCAACAUUAGUUAAUUCACCAAAAUCAUGUUAUCAUUGUGGUAAAGAAUUUAGUUCUCGUUUAUCACUUAAACAACAUGUAGAAGGUAAACAUAGUACUGAAGGAAAAUAUCGUUGUCCUGGCUGUUCAAAACGUUAUCGUUGGGGUGCAUCAUAUUAUUAUCAUAAAAAAUCAUGCCCAGCUGUUAGAGAACAAAGUCCAGUGCCAAGUGAUAUAGUAAAUCAAUUAUCAUUAUCUGGUUCCGAAGAUAAUUCGUCUUUGUCAUCCAUAAAUUCUCCUAUUUCACCAUCUAAAAUUAAAUCAACUGAAGAAUAUAAUUUUGAAGAGAAAUAUAUAGAGGGAGUAGAAGAAGAAAAAGGAGAGGAGGAUAAAAAUUCUGGUGAUAAUGAUUAUGAUAAUGAUCCACAUAUCGAAGAUGAUGAGAAUGAGAAUGAGAAAAAAGAGGAACGGGAGGAUGAAUUCAAACAUGAUUCGAAUAGUUCUUUCAAACUUUGUAUUUCCCAUAAAAAGUAUUUACGAUCUUCGUCUAGAAAUAGUGAUCUCAGAAGAAAUUCUAUGAAAGAAUCACACUCUAAUAAAAAUGAUAAUACAUCAUCUAUCCAAUCGAAAUUUAUUAAACAUCAAAUACAAAGUAAACAAAUUUGUCAAACUAUUAAAGAAGACUCAUUAAUUUGUGAUAUAAAUGCAUUUCCCGGAUAUAAUCAUUUUAAUCAUAUGUAA